UAUAACAUAAGCACUCUCUCUCAGUAAACCUAACAAACCAUCGUUCAAACUUCAACGCUACCACUAUGAUGAUCAAAUCCAUGAGUUUAACUCCCGGCAUGCCAUCUUCAUCAUCACCCUUGUCUUCACAGCCACCACUCUCCACCGUGUCGCCUCCCGCAACGUCCCUCCCACUUCGUACAAUCCCCGGAUCUUACGGUUGGCCUUUGCUUGGGCCCAUCUCAGACCGCCUCGACUACUUCUGGUUCCAGGGUCCUGGUACUUUCUUCAAGAAACGUAUAGAGAAGCACAAGAGCACGGUGUUCCGAACAAAUUUGCCCCCAACGUGGCCACUCUUUCUGGGUGUUAACCCGAAUGUUAUUGCUGUUCUAGACUGCAAGUCUUUUUCGCAUCUUUUUGAUAUGGAGAUUGUGGAGAAGAAGAAUAUUCUUAUUGGCGAUUUCAUGCCUAGUGCCAAAUUUACUGGAGAUUUAAGAACUUGUGCUUAUCUUGAUACUUCUGAGCCACAACACGCUAAGAUCAAGAACUUCGUCAUUGACAUUCUGAAACGCAGUUCAACAGUGUGGCUUACAGAACUCAAAUCAAACCUUGACAUAUUGUUUGACACAGUUGAAACAGAUAUCUCCGAGAAGGGUUCUGCAAGCUAUUUAUUCCCUUUACAAAAAAGCUUGUUCAACUUCCUCACCACUGCCAUCAUCGGAGCUGACCCCACAACCGACCCUAACAUUGCCGACUCCGGCUACUCCAUGCUUGACCGCUGGCUUGCCCUCCAGAUCCUCCCCACCAUCAAAAUUGGAGUCUUACAACCCCUUGAAGAGAUCUUUCUCCACUCUUUUGCAUACCCUUUUGCCCUAGUAAGUGGAGACUACAACAAGCUUUAUAACUUCGUUGAAAAACAAGGUAACGAGGUCGUACAACGAGGUGUCAAUGAGUUUGGACUCACUAAAGAAGAAGCUAUUCAUAACUUGUUGUUCACGCUAGGGUUUAACGCGUUUGGUGGUUUCUCUGUGUUUUUACCAACUUUGAUCGGUACCAUUGCUAGUGAUAAAACUGGAAUACAAGAGAAACUAAGAAAAGAAGUUAAAGAAAAGGUUGGAUCACCAGGUUUGAGUUUUGAGUCGGUGAAAAAUUUGGAACUUGUUCAGUCUUUUGUUCAUGAAACUUUGAGACUCAACCCUCCAGUCCCUCUUCAAUAUGGUAGGGCAAGGAAGGAUUUUCAACUGAGUUCGCAUGACUCGGUUUAUAAUAUUAAGAAAGGUGAGCUGCUCUGUGGGUACCAACCUCAGGUAAUGAAAGACUCGAAGGUAUUUGAAGAUCCGGAGAGUUUUAAAGCGGACAGGUUUAUGGGUGAAAAAGGGAGCGAGUUACUGAGUUACUUGUACUGGUCUAACGGGCCACAGACUGGGUCACCGAGCGAGUCGAAUAAACAGUGUGCAGGUAAAGAUAUUGUUACUCUCACGGCUUGUUUGAUAGUUGCAUACAUAUUUCAAAGAUAUGAAUCAAUCAGUGGGAGCUCUUCUUCAAUCACAGCCAUUGAAAAGGCAAAAUGAGUGAGGAUGUGAUGGUGAUGGUUGAUUGGUGUAUGAUAGUUUUGUCUAGUUAUUUAUAUAGAUGACGAAAGAGUAGUGAGAUGGGUUCCAUUGUCUUUUAAAGUUGAAGAAAUGAAGUGAACGAGUAGUGAUGGUGUGGGUCGAACCUCUCAUUUAAGUUUUCUUU